AUGCCUAGGGACGACUUGUCCAUUGACUUUGUCAGGGGGAUGCCCCAGGUUGAGAGUGUUGACCCCGGGGUCAUCCUCGAUGACUGGAUCAACCGGGUACAGAAUCUCCCCGAGGAGAUUCGCUUCGUCCACGAGGAAAUCACCGAAAAGGAUCGCCAGUUCAACGAGUGCACGCGCAUCAUCGAUGAUCGCGAUGCCAAGAUCCAAAAAUGGAUCAAGACAAACGGCAGCCACGAGCCGAAUCCAAAGGAAGAUACGCUCCGCGCCCAGAUCCGAGAGAAUUUUGCCCGUGCCGAUGAGAUACAGAGGGACAAGAUUGCCCUGACCCAGAAGCUUUCCCUUGUCAUGGACAAGCAUCUCCGGGCUCUCGACAUACAGAUUAAGGGACUCUACGACCGCAGCGAGCCUGGCUUCAACAACCCCGACGAGAUACCCUCGCUGGUCCGCCCCAGCGCCGCCAACGUCGCGGCCCCGGCCGUCCAGCCGAUAAGCACGGCGAGCACCAUCAGCGUCAGCGGCCCUGCCGCCGCCGCCGGCCCUCCCGUCACCUCGUCGAAUCCGACCCUCGCCCGUCUCCCCAGCCACGCCCAAGUGCGCAACGCACAGAACCAACAGAACACACAGCAGCAUCAUGCCUCGUCGGCGCCUGCCACCCCCGCAGUCAGCAUGAUUGUCAACCGCCAACAGCGGGAGAACUCGGCAGGGCCGGCAUCGAAGCGGGGAGGACGUGCAGGCUCGGGACUCAACCCCGUCUUGUCCACAUCCAGCGGCCUGGCAAGGCACUCGUCGCUGGGGCCUGGCACACCCAAAGGUGUUGCCUCUCCUAGUCCGAGUGGCGUCGUCAGAGCAGGUAGUGCCGGCCCUAGGGCCACGUCGGUCAAGGGAACCGCGGGCCCCGGGUCGAGGCGCGGGACACCCUCUAGCACCGGGCGCAAGAAGCCGCCGAAGUCUUCGCUGUCGCGGGUGAAGAAAGCUUCAAACAGGAACUCGCCGGCGUCAACGGCAGAUAGCGAUCUGUCGGAUGCCGUUAGCGGAAGCGAGAACGAGGACGUCGAUGGUCGGUCGCGGGCCACACCAACAGGCGGAACUAAGGACACCGAGGGGGAUGAGACCAUGAUGGACGUUGAGGAGGAGGAAGAGGACGGAAGCGAUGACAAAAAGUACUGCUUAUGCCACAAUGUCAGCUACGGCGACAUGGUCGCAUGCGACAACGACGAUUGCCCGUACGAGUGGUUCCACUGGUCAUGCGUUAGUCUCAAGAGCGAGCCCAACGGGACCUGGUACUGUCCUGUCUGUGCGGAGAAGUUUGGACGCAAAACCAAGUGA